UGCGCUCGCCAGUCGGCGAUGCUAUGUCACAAGUUUACAAUGUACGUUUAACGUUCUGCGAUGGCAAAACGUAAAACAAUUUUGUUUUUUUAAAAUUUAACUGGCAGUAAUAAUUUAUUUAUUUUUUCAAAAAAAUAACUAACUAUUGUAUUGACAAACCGUUAGGUUUAUUUCUCAUUGUAAAUUGAUUUUCUUUGGUAGUGGAUAUUAGUAAUACAAUUCGAUUGAAUUUUGAGAAAAUAAUAUAAUACGAUCGUGAAUUGAAAAAAAAUACGCUAUUCCUAAUUCCAGCAAACAUCAGAUAAGUUAUUUUUCUAUGAUAAAAUCAUAUAUUAAAAUCCACUAAAAGACAAUGAAGGAGUGGAUUAAAGUAACCAUAUGUGUUAGUUUAUUUGCAAUUUUUCGGGACUUUCGUCCUGUUGAUUCAUUUUACUCAUCGUACUUAACCAGUCCAGCUGUAAAUUUUACUAUCGAGCAAGUGACCGAAGACAUUUAUCCUAUAAAUGCAUAUGCAACUACAGCUCUAGUGAUUGUAAUGUUUCUUAUCACCGAUUACGUUCUCUACAAACCUAUUGUGAUGCUGGAUGCGUUGAGUUCAAUUGUUAUGUAUUUAUUGAUAUUGGAACCGGUUACGCUUUUUAAAUCCAAAAGCUGUUUUCAAUCAGUUAUUACAAAUGAAAAAUAACAAAAAAACGUUCGAGUGAAUAAUACGUUUUUAAUCGACUAGGAAUAUAAUGUUGUACUGCGUAUGAAAUAUAUAUUAAUGU